GCAGCUCUUAAUCAACAUUCAAGCCAGCAUGGAGAUUACGGACUUUGUUUUCAAUCAAAGGGAGGAGUCCCUCGUGGUCGGGGACUACAACGCCUACCGGGCGCACGCCACGCGCAAACUACACAAGCUGCGCAAGAAGCUCGGGCAGACUACACCCAAAGGCCGUAAAUAUACAGCCAAGCCUCCAGUGAGCGCAGGGGAUAUUGGGAACAAUGUGACCUACGCACACCUCUUACUACUCAGCUCGGAGCGGGCCUGGGCACAGGCAAUGCAGAUGAAAUCUACACACUCCGCGGACCCUUCUGCAAAAGGAAUCGUCGGUGCAGCUAGACGUCACAUUAUCUCGCGGCUGAACAAGGCCACCGGCUACUCGGAGCAGCUCGUCAACCUGCUACAAGACCAGUCUACGUCUGGUGCUACCGAUACCGAUAUUGUUGAAGCGCGCGCAUACUACGCUUCUCUCUGCGGAGCCCUGAACUUGGAGAAGAGGAAAUGGGAACAAUGCCUUCAGCACUACGCAGUUGCGAGAAUCGUGUAUACGACACUUGGUCAAAUGGCCAAGAAGGACGCUUUCCGAGACCUUCUUUCCGGCACCGUGGAUCCCAGUAUCAGAUAUGCGGCGUAUCAAAUGAAACUUCCGCGCUCGAAGCCUCUUCCGUCAUUGGCUAUCAACUAUUUCCCAUCGAAUACCGACGUUCGAUCCGAAGUGGAGAAAGUCGAUCCCAACUGUCUGAAGGAGGAUGCGGCAGGAACCCGACGGACUGCUGAUGGAGAGGUGCAACAGCUCCCGGAGACUAUUGAAUGGAGGUCGCGAACUGUGUCUUUGGAGGAUGCGUCGAUUUCUCAGGCCCUUGCUGCUGCUGCGGCAGCCGAAGCCCAUCUUACUGCAUGGUUGGCAGAACCUGCGGGCAAAUCCGCUUCAUCUAAAGAUAAGGCUGCUGCUUAUGAUAACGUGAUCAUCGCCAGUCAGGAUGCGGUUGAUGCCACAAAAACUGCCAUUGAUGAUCUUACCAGUGAGGGAGUUGACCCUGGUGAUAAGAGGAUGCAGUCGCUGCAAAUCACUCGCACCGCAGUCAACUAUGCUCUUGUGGGAUGGCGUGUUGGUCGCAACCGGGUGCUGUGUGGGGAGCAGGAUGAUUCCUCGUUUGAUGCCAACGCGACAAAGGCCUCUCGGGGCAACAAGGCCGGUAGCCGACGCGAGGAAGGCCAUGGGAAGAAGUUGACACAGCUGCGGGAGAGGGUCGUCCUCUACGAUUCUACGCUGCAGAGUCUGGAUUUUGUGUUCGAGCUUCCGGGUGUUGUUGCUGACAAUGCUCUUGUUGCGGAAUUGGAGGCCAAACGGGCUUACUUCCGGGCUUUGAGGUGUCUUGCAAUUGGUCGAUCUCAUGGCUUCCUCGGGAAAUCGAAAGAAGCCCUGGCACUCUUUUCUCAAGCGCUGAAGCUUGCGUCGACUGCUACGUCUACUCAAACAUCGGAUGUUGAGGGACCACCCCGACUGGAUGUUUCCCGCGCCCAAGCACAGACGCUAGCAACCACGCUGCGGGACCUUGUCGCACAGUACCGGGGUCUGGUUACUUUGGAACGGAUGUCAGAGGAAGAAGCGUCCAAGUUGGCUAGCGAGCGGCCUGUGAUUGAACGCCUGCAUGAAUACUCUGGAAACGGGUUAGAUCUCAGCCAUCUGGUUCCUGCCCUCCCUCAGCUGCAGCCCGUGCCGGUGAAACCACUGUUCCUGGAUGUUGCAUGGAACUACAUUGACUACCCGCGUGAGGACCAGGGACCGAAUCAGGGCACGACCGCUGAAGAGGCACCAGAGGAGAGAAAGAGUAGCCGGCGUGGUUGGUUUGGCUUUGGGCGGUGAAGUCGCAUUCAUGAUUCAUGUAACUAGUUAUUUUACCAUAGUGAUGAGUCAGCAAGUGACAUACACGUGCCAACCACGACCCUACUUGUAGUUAAUCUGUUAGCCUUAACAAACUAGCAUGGGGCGGGCUGACCAAUCGGGAAGAGGACAACCGAAUCAGCUGCUUUUUUGGAGCUCGGAUAGCAAAACGUCAGCUUGGCGCCAAAUCAGAUGAUGGCUUUAUCCACUUGUUAGG